AUGUUAUCUUGUCGUCGUUUUAUUUUAUCUUAUUCACAUUUUCCUUCGAAUCGAAUUGCAUCUUUAUUAGUAACACGUUAUAAUUCUUCAUCAUCAGUUGAUUUAUCAACUAUUCUUCAAGAACAUUCACUUAAUUUUGAAAAAAAACCAUCAACAACAAUUGCAUAUGAAACAUUUGUUCAAGCACCAUCUGAAUUUGUUGCUAAUAGUCUUCUACAAAUACAUGAUAGUUUAGCUUUACCAUGGUGGGUAACAAUAGCUUUAGCAACAAUUACUUUUCGUGUUGUUGUUGGUGCAUCAAUAACAAUAACACAACAACGUUUUAUUGAACGUCUUCAAAUUGUUCGACGUACUGUUACAAAUGAAUUAGAACCACGCAUAAAAGAACUUAAUAUGCAAGCUAUGAAAGGAAAAACAGCAACUGUACUUGAAGAGAAAAAAAAUAUUCAACGAGAAGCUCUUCAAUUAACAAAACAAGGAUAUACUGCAUAUAAUAUUCAUCCGGGCAAAAUACUUAUUCUAGCAUUAUUUGGUUCUAUUCCAUGGCUUUAUUUUACAUUCGGUAUUCGUAUGAUCUGCAUGUCACCUAGAACUCUGCGUAAGUCAUAUUCACAUUAA